UCCACUGACAAACAAAGAGACCAUAAUAAAAAUGGACAUUAAAACCACACCACCACCAAAUCAAACCCCAACUGGUACAUCAUCUAAUGUCACCAGUAUUUCCUCGCCACCCACAACACCGCCUUCGCCCAUAACGGCAGCAUCCAUUACCAGUUUAUCCGACGUUCAAAAGCAAACGUUUCAACAUAUUUUUGAAAAAUUGGUUGUCAGUAGCGGCGGCAGUGCAAAAAUACCCCCAAAACAAUAUGAAUACUUUCGCAAUCUAUUGGAAAAUGUACGCGAUCCCAAAAAUUUACAAAUGAUUGUGGAGAAAUUUAAAAAUCUUGAACAUGUGGAUAUGAACUUUUCACAAAAUGGAAUAAAAUCCCCCCUGAUGACAGAAGAUGCAGAUGGAACGAUUAAGGAAUCAUCACGUAGAUAUGCCAAUACGAAUCAAGCGAUCACACCUCGUCAUACGAUUGAUGCAAUUUUAGGCUUAAAAAAUCGCCAGCAAAUGAAUGACGCUGCAAGAUGCUCCGAAGCGGAUACCUCAUUUUCAUCAUCCCUGCAACCCGGAAAGUGUGUCUCCAUUAGCAGUUCCAAAGUUUCGAUACUACUUUCAGUAAAGUUACCAUCCGGUUUCAUCAGGAAUCCAGGCGUACCAGGAUCCUUGGAUAGUACCUUUCGUAGACGCGAUGCCUCCGUGGUAUUCUCCAGUUCCCCACAGAAACGCUCCCAAGAUUCCCUCUUUGCCCGUCUGGUUUCCCUCUUGAAAGUCUCAGGUGCUGAUGUUAAGCUAGUUGAUGGUUUCAGCCGCUUACCCUCAGACACCUGCGUUUCACCUGACCUUUGCCGCUUAAUACUAGGCCUGCUUGCUGUACCUUUGGAAGCCAUCGCGGUUCCUCGAGUAGAGGAGAUUGCGGACAGCACCUUGGGUGUUGUGCUAGCAGACUUCGUCGUGCCGCAUUGGUCAUCACCUCUCUUUGGCCCCGACGUGGCCCUCUCUGAUGUAGAUGGGCGUACGUCAAGAUCCUCCGAGACGAUGAUCGUGUUCGGUCCAGUGCUGGCAUGGGGCACAUGUUUAGAUGUGAUCACCUGCCUGCUCUGGUUUGGUUCGGUCUUAGUCUUGGCUGGCUUUACCUCCACAACAGUAGUAUUUAGCAUGGCCUCAUACUUCUGGUCAUGGGCCUCCGGAUGUACGUCUUCAUUCGCUUUUAGCGGCUCGGAGGACACCAUGAGUGAUUGUGACGAUGCAACCGAUUUGCGUUGCAACAAAACAUUGGCACAACUACGUAGCAUGGACAAUCAUAUGGCUACGCUAAUGCAGCAGCAGCGUAAUAACGCUACAUAUUCCCUGCCUUCACCCACCGGUCAAAUGCACCAAAACAAUAUGUCAUCUAUGAAUUUACCUCCACCUUCUACUCAUCAGCAACAUGGUCAACACAGUAGUCAUCUUGGUUAUCAUAAUACAUUAAUGAAUUUCCAACAACAACAACAGCAGCAGCAACAUCAGCAACAUAAUUUUCAUACAGCAACAAACCAUGUAUUGUCGUAUAACAAUCUACAAGAUACCGCCGAUCUGAAUGGCAGCCGCAUUAGUCCGUCCAUGAGUAGUAGUGAUUAUUUGAAUUCAAUGCAUCAAAUGGUCGAAGCCAAUAAUUUAACACAAUUGCACCAUCACAACAAUGACAUGAGUCCACAUGCCCACAUGACGACUCAAUCACAAAUUCAACCACCAUCAGCGACAUCGGCUAUUAUGAAUUCUGGUGUCUACCAUAGUCAUCAACAACAUUUGGCUGCCUUAGCUGCACAUGCCCAGGCCCAAGCGCAACAUGAUCAGAAAUUUGCCAAGUCAUCGUCAUUAUCCUCCACAACAACAGCAGCAGCAACAACAACAGCAGCGGCAGCAGCAUCGUUAGUGGCAUCAACAAUGGCUAAUCAAAUGACGGCUGCAUCCACGUAUUUUUCCAAUAAUGGCGCCUCCAAUCUUGUUCAUAGCCUCAACGAUUAUGACGAGCGUUCUUUGUCCUCUCUGUCCAACGGCGGGGACAUUGAUGCCGUUACCGAAGAUGAAGACGAAGCAAAGGAUCCUUGUGAUACACACAACAUCGAUGUAACAUCUUCACCGCAAUCACCGCAACACACAGGCUUUGGCAAUGGCACUGGACUAAAGCGAAAAUCAACUUCAAAUUCUUCUCCCUACUGUGAUGAUUUAAAUACAAUCAACAACACUGCAAAUGAUGAUAGAAAUAUCGAAUGUCUUAGCAAAAACCUCAUGAACGGCGGCGGUGGUGGUGGUGGUGACAAUUAUAUGCUGAAGGCACAAUUUGAAGGUGGAGUGAGGCCACGAUCUCUGGAAGAUAUGCAGAAACAGAAUUUUAUGGCCCUCAAUGGCAACUCAACAAUAGAACACCAUCUCAGCGGUCAGUCCCAACAACAACAGCAGCAGCAGCAACAACAACAAAAACAUUUGGAUGAUUAUAACAGAAUGCACCACAUGAGUGGGGGAGGCAGUGUGGGGCCUGCUGGCGAUCAACAGGAUCGACUUAACGACAGCGACAGUGUCAUGAAUGGCAGUUGUGCAUCAAGUGAAGAUCUAAAUCAAACAAAUUCUAGUGAACAGGGUGAAAAAAUUACUUCCGGCAGUGAUGAUGAAGGACAAGAUGAUAAUUGUUCAAAGAAGAAACACAGACGCAACCGUACCACAUUUACAACAUAUCAAUUGCAUGAACUAGAAAGGGCCUUUGAAAAAUCGCACUAUCCCGAUGUAUAUUCUCGCGAAGAGUUGGCCAUGAAGGUCAAUUUACCUGAAGUUAGAGUACAGGUAUGGUUUCAAAAUCGCAGAGCCAAAUGGAGGCGUCAAGAGAAAUCAGAAAGUUUGCGACUGGGACUCACACAUUUUACACAACUACCGCAUCGUUUGGGUUGUGGUCCAUCAGGUUUACCAGUUGAUCCCUGGCUGUCACCACCUUUACUAUCAGCAUUGCCAGGAUUUCUUUCACAUCCUCAAACGGUCUACCCUUCGUAUUUAACACCGCCUCUUAGCUUAACCCCAUCUAACUUAGCGAUGAGCAGUUUAGCAGGAAUGGGACCACACGGUGUUCAUGGGCCACAUCCAACAGGCCACCAUCAGCCACCGCCUGGUAUGUCCUUGGGAUCUAGCAGUUCACAUGGUGGUCACCAACACUUACAGCUAACACACCUGUCACCGCACUUGUCACGCAUGUCACCACAGACAAUGGCCGCAAUGAAUCCACAAAUUUCUGUAGCAAAUUCAAUGUCAUCAACAUCAACAACAUCCUCCAAUGUAUCGGCCACAAACUCCCCACUAACCUCACUACCUCCACCUUCGUUAAGUUCGUCUGUUUCUAUUGCACCACAAUCACUGUCACCGCAAAAUCUCACCACCGUCAGUGGUGACAAUGACUCUCUCUCGUCAGCAACAAAAUGCUCUUUAGCAAAUAUUGACGUGUUGGAUGUGGGUCGCGACAGUCCCGUUCCCUCAAUAAACACAACAGCAACAACAAACAAUGGCCCCACUAAUUCAAAUGUCAACGAGCCUUCAACAUCACCAUCUUCUGCUGCCGCCUCCUCGAAUGCGUCGUCUACGACAGCAUCAAACCAACAACCACAAACGACAGAUAUACGUUCAAAUUCUAUUGCAACAUUACGCAUCAAGGCCAAGGAACAUCUCGAAAACAUAAAUAAAAGUUUAACUAUGGUUUAGAAUGUCUGUA